GGAAUACUUAACCACCGUCACGUCUUUUCUGUUCUACCAUGGCUGCUGAAGGUGAUGCGAUAGCAAGUGCAACAGUCGAACUCCUCGAAGAACGGCUCCGCCGUCUUACCUAUCUGGUGACAGGAGAGACCAACUGGGCGGGCGUUCCCACCUCACCCCCGAAACCGCAUAGCAUAGACGACACGAUCUCUCGCCGCCUAGCACGUUUAGAAAGUGGACUUGAGAAGCUGAGCAAGAAUGUACCUGUUGUACAGGAAGUUCUACAACUUCACGACCGUCACCCUGAAAUCUUCGCUUCCCGCCAGAAUCCAGAACCAAUCCCCGAAGACCUGACGACGGAAAACCUUGCUUCGAUCGUAUUAUCCUAUGCGUCCGCAUUCCCAGAGACAUCGUCCCGGCUUACGUCAUUGAACGAUCUUCCCAUCCCAGAUGCUCGGACGUCGGCGUCGCUGAUUGAGCUCCAGCCGCGACUGGAUCGGUUAGCGCAGAAACAGGAUGAGCAGACGAGAGCUAUUUCAGAGCUUAGGGUGCGAACAGCGAGGGUGCUACAGCGGUGGUACGAGGUUGGGCUGGUUGGGGACGGGGAGUGUUGGGCAGAGUGGGAGGGGAGGCUGGAGGACGUGGAGAGGGAGGUUAGGAGGGAGGAGGUAGCGCGGGAAAGACGGCGAAAUGAAAUUUGAAUUUCCAAUUGGUGUUGGGCUGAGGGGUGCAUUAGACGGCGUUGAUCGUUUUGUGUUAUCCAUAACUUAUUACGGGUUGAUUCCAGGGAGGGCUUUCACGGAGUACCCUUAUUAAUUCUUUUAAUUGUCGCUAUACUGGGUUCCAGGAGGACAAGGACGGCCCAGGGCCCGGAUAAGCUAAGUGAAUGUGCGGUAGUUAAUAUCCAGAGUCCGUGGGAACCCCGGCAAGCCACCUGGUGUCAGUACCAGCCACAGAACCAUGCAGUUGACAGGCACAAACCAGCCGCGAAGAGAAGAAAGAGCACGGUACGGAGUAAUAAUUAUGGGCCUAUUUG